GACCUAAAUAAAACCAGGUUAUGUAGAUGUUGGCCUACCACAUGAAGCAUAUUUAGGUUAAGCAUUUUUAAUGGACUCUCACUGUGAUGAAAAAUAUAUAGAAAAAAAAUUAUAACACCUUUCACUACUGCAGUAUCAUUUUGAAUAAUUGUUUUUUUAUUAAAUUAUUUACAUUUACAGGAUUUCCUUCAUCUCGUCAAGAUGCGCUUGUGAGAAACCUCACGCUAGAUCCUAAAACAUCAACCGAGACUCCGUUUGCUGAUUCUGUUAAUAAAAUUGAAAUGCCAUGUUGCCAGCUCCCGAAACCGCGGAGGAGAUCGAAGAGAUGCACAUGUUACACAUACAGAGACAAGGAGUGUGUUUACUACUGUCACCUGGAUAUCAUCUGGAUCAAUACACCAGAGCGCACUGUCCCAUAUGGCAUGUCAAGUUAUAGAGGCUCCCAACGGGCACGGCGUUCUGCUGAGGGCUACAGACGAGGUCAGCGCUGUGCAUGUGCUUCACAUGAUGACCAAAAGUGUAUCGCUUUCUCAGUCAGAGUCUCAACCUCGGGAAUCCUAUCCUGAGGACACCAGAACCGACUGGAUCCAGCACCAUUCCUGCUUCGUGUUGGACUCUGCUACGUGUCGCUGAAUGAUGAUGACUGAAUGCAGCCGGU